AUGGCGACACAUGUUUGUGACUAUAACGGCUACCGAGGCUCUGAGAUGUGCAUUCCAGUAGCUGUCUACUACCCUCCACUUACACCCGGAAUCCAGGAACAAAAGGCAGGCCUGUCGCAUGUUUUCUGCGCAGUGAUCAACGUUGCCGCCGGCAAGGCCCCCCUGCAGUCCUCAACGGUGGCCGGCGGACUGCCUCAGAAGGCCGUUGACGGCAGCACCAGCGCCUUCUUCACACCUGAUACUUGCUCGCUUACAGAACCGGAACUGUCACCAUGGUGGUACGUGAACCUACUCGAGCCGUACGUGGUGCAACUGGUGCGCAUCGACUGGGGCCGAUCGUCCCAAGUGGAUCCCGAUGGUGCCACCGUCGCAAACACCGUGGUGGUGCGGGUGGGCAACAACCGACCCGACCUCGGCGCCAAUCCGGUGUGCAACCGAUUUGCCGGACCGCUCGAAGAAGGACGACCCCUGUUCCUGCCCUGCGCGGCGCCCAUGCCAGGCGCUUUCGUCAGCAUACAUCUCGAAGGUCCGGCUCCCCUGUCACUGUGCGAGGUGUUCGUCUACACGGACCAGGCGCUCCCCGUGGAACGGUGUCCGUCCUUCCGCGACCAGCCGCUCGGGUCGGCGGCCACGUACCACGGGAAGUGCUACGCCUUCUACAACAACCAACCGGCGCCGUUCGAGGCAGCGCGGCGGUUCUGCGAGCAACGUGGUGGCUCACUCGUUGACGAGACGAGCCCCGCGCUGCAGGGUUUCCUGAGCUGGGAGCUCUACCGACGUCACAGGCACGACGGCGACAAUGGGCAGUACUGGAUGGGCGCCACUAGAGACCCACGUGACCCAACCAACUGGCGCUGGAUCAACGGUCGUGAGGUGACCAUCUCCUUCUGGAACUCUCCCACCAGCUCGGUCCCGGAGAACAACUGCUCUCGCUUUGACGGCAACCGCGGAUGGCUGUGGUCGGACACGAACUGUGACCACGCACUCAACUUUAUCUGUCAACACAGACCCACAACAUGCGGCAAGCCUUCGCGUCCCCCCAACUCGACCCUGAUAGCCCGGGACUUCGACGUAGGUUCUGUGGUCGAGUACCGCUGCUCACCUGGACACCUUCUCGUUGGACCCAACAUCAGGACUUGCCUGGCCAACGGAUUCUACAGCGAGUUUGCACCAAAGUGCAGAUACCUCGAGUGCGGUCCUCCUGCUCCGAUCCCGAACGGGUCCCUGGAUCUCAUCAACGGUACCAGGCACUACCUGAGCGCCGUCGAAUACCGCUGCCGGGAGGGAUUCGUCCUCAUUGGUCGAAGCCUGCUGGUCUGCGACGUCGACCAGCGGUGGAACGGACCGCCGCCCAGAUGCGAACCGGUCAUGUGCCGACCUCCGCCAGCCGUUGCACACGGCCUGGUUCGCCUCUCGGCUGCCUCGACCAUCUUUGGCACGGUGGCCGAGUACGACUGCGAGCCGGGCUAUCAGCUCAGCGGCAACCCGCAUCUGCUGUGCGGACCCACAGGCUUCUGGCAGGGAGACGUUCCCGUAUGCCUCCGGCCGACGACACCGAGGCCCGUUAUAACGACUACGACGACGACAACGACCACUACGACUGAGGAGCCGCCGCCACCACCUCAGAUCAAUGGGCACAGCGCAGGUGGCAACGAAGGUCCUGCCAUCGUGCCGACAAGGUUCCAUCCGGACUUCAUGCCCGACCGUCCCGAUCAGCGGCCCACGUUCGUGACGACAACCGUGGCGUCUCCCCGGCCGAGUGCGACGGCCACUGUCCGGGCGACGCAGCGGCCGCGGCCUCAGCCCACGACGCCCUCGCAACCGCCGCGCAGGCCGGCAUUCCGGCCCGUCGACCAUGACGUGGCCGGGUCGUCGGGACACCGGACAGUGCUGGCCCCGCCAGACCUGCACAACAGCUUCGCCGACGAUUCGGCGGCACGUGCGGGAGCCAAGCUCAACAUGGGGGGAUUCAUAGCACUGGGCGUCUUCGGAGGUUUCGUCGUGCUCGCCGCAGUCAUCACAAUCGUUGUCAUCGUCAUACGACGCACUGUCAAGUGUGAACAAGCCCCACCCCGCCCUCCCUGUCUCACACAACAAAGCGACCAACCAACCAACUUGGGGCCGAUCCCUUCACACCACAGUGCGAGGCAAGGAGACUGCGACGGCGUCGACCGCUGUCGCGGUACCAAGGUGCCUCCGGGCGGAUCGAGUGGCUGUUCGUCUCUGGAACACUCUCCCGUGGGCGCCUACGCCGAGCACGGACUGCAGAGGCACUACAAGCGCGCCUGGGAGAACCUGCGCUACGACGCCGGCGCCGCGGGCCACAAGGCGCCGCGCAUCGAGACGCUAGACCACCCGCACGUCGUGUCGGCGUCUCGGACCCUCGAGGGAUACCGAGAGGCGAACGAGAUUACCGUGAACGACGUGGCCGCUCUGUACGGUCGGCCGCACCGGAGGUGAUCGCGGUGUGGCCGGUUGAUUAUCAAUGGACUCAAAUGUUCACUCGCGCAAAGACUCUUUGUUAAGGGGUGAAAUGCUUCGCGAUUGGACCGCGGGACAA